AUGACUACUAUCUCGGACGCGAUCGCAAGGCAGAAGAAGGAGAACGUUUUGUGCCCACCCGAAAUCGGAACAGUCGAGACUGAAGCUACUGACAGCACACUUACCAUAGAACUUGUCAAUCAAAGUUCUUCGAGCACCGUCUACGCAUACAUCACUGGCCUUGCCAUUAAUAACAACAAUUCUGUGGUGCUCCUGCAAGCUGAUGGAUCGACCUUGUACUACCCUACAAACCCAUCGUCUAACGGAUCUGCCUUGACAGAAGACUGUGCCAUUCCACUUGGAGAACCAGGGUCUACUACGAAGGUCACUAUUCCGAAUAUUGCAGGCGGUCGGAUUUGGUUCUGCAUCGAAGAUACUUUAAUAUUUCUGCUCGAUGUUGGGCUCACAGGGCCUGCAUUGGUUGAGCCCUCCGUCAACAAUACCUCCGAUCCAAACUACUUGAAAAAUUGGGAUUUUUGUGAGUUUACAUACAACAGCUCCGAGCUAUUUGCAAAUAUCACUUAUGUCGAUUUUGUGUGCCUGCCUGUCGCUUUGACACUGAAAAGUACAAGCGGUGCAGUGAAACACGUUGGAGGUUUGCCAUCAGAUGGACUAGCAACAGUUUGCAAGGGUCUAGUAGCACAAGAUGCGAUUGACGGGGCCGGUUGGAGCAAGCUCGUUGUGGAGAAUGACGGUACGAAUCUGAGAGCCCUUAAUCCAACAGCAGGCAUUGUAUUCAAUCCGGUACUGUUCGAAGGAUAUUGGACCAGCUACAUCAAUGAUGUGUGGGAUAAAUAUGCUAGCGCUUCUCUAACUGUCAAUACUCAAGCAUCGUGGGGAGAUGUUUCCGGAUCAACAUCCGACCUCACUUCCCUCACCUUUGAUAGCGUCGGCUCCUUUAUCAAGCCCUCAUCUGCAGACAUUUUUGGUGGCGCGACCGGGGCCUUUGCAGCCCAGCCUACCAAUACUGAUCAACUCUUGAAUAUUGGCGCAAGACUUGAUGCAGCAUUCAAUCGAUCGACACUUCUUGUCAAUUCUUCCCAGCCAGAUAAAGAAGUGGUGUCGACAUAUUACGAAAAUCCCAUCACGAAUCAUUAUGCGAGAAUCGUCCAUGCUGCAAACGUUGAUGGCCUCGGUUACUGCUUUCCGUACGAUGAUGUGACACCUGAUGGAGGUAUCAAUCAAUGCGGUGCAGUAAAUGAUUCAGCGCCUGCUUCUUUAAUUGUGACAGUGGGUGGUAAUGUCGCACAUCCACAAGAGCCGGCUGCAUGA